UUGACAUUUCACUGUAGACAAGCUGAUCUUAAUACUUGAGGAUCAAGUAGUUUAGUCAGUUGGGCCCAAGAAGAGGACAUGUUCACGGCCGGCACAGACACGUCGUCUAUCAUCGUGGAGUGGGCGAUGGCGGAGAUGAUGAAGAACCCGUCCAUCAUGGCGCGCGCGCAGGAGGAGAUGGACCGCGUCGUCGGCCGGGACCGCCGCCUGGAGGAGUCCGACAUUGCCGGCCUCCCCUACCUGCAGGCCGUCUGCAAGGAGGCCAUGCGCCUCCACCCCUCCACGCCGCUCAGCCUGCCGCACUUCUCCUUCGAGGAGUGCGAGGUCGACGGCUACCACGUCCCGUCCAGCACGCGGCUCCUCGUCAACAUCUGGGCCAUCGGCCGCGACCCGGACGCGUGGGAGGAUCCCCUGGAGUUCCGGCCGGAGCGGUUCCUCUCCGGGCCGGCGGCCAAGGUGGACCCGAUGGGGAACUACUUCGAGCUGAUCCCGUUCGGCGCCGGUCGGAGGAUCUGCGCCGGCAAGCUGGCGGGCAUGGUGUUCGUGCAGUACUUCCUGGGCACGCUGGUGCACGCGUUCGAGUGGCGGCUGCCGGACGGCGAGGAGAAGGUAGACAUGGCCGAGACCUUCGGGCUGGCGCUGCCCAAGGCCGUGCCGCUCAGGGCCGUCGUCACGCCGCGUCUCGUGCCGGCCGCCUACGCUUGAGGGCUGCGCGAAUGGACAUUGAUGUCACCGUGUCUUGGCGUUUUGGGGUCGAUCAUCAGCGUGGUGUUCAGUGUGUGUCCAUGCAUAAG